AUGUCGUCCGUUGGAUCCAUGGGCCUGAAGCGUGCACCAGACUGCUCGUUGCCUCCCUCACCGGCGGCUACAUGCGAAGUCUCGCCGUGCACACCAGUUGUGAAUCUUCCACAAGUCGGGAAAAGUCGAAAAUGGAGUCCCUUCGAGCUCGGUGUCGAAUUAGAUAUCGUCAACAUUGCUCACUGCGAGAAGGCUCAGCUAGUUCUUGAUCGACAUGAACUCGCAUGGGGAACGAUUUUCGAACUGGCACGAGGUGUCACCCGUGGCAUGUGGACAUUCCAAGACAUGACGGAGCACCGUCUACGAAAACUCGAAGGUACGAAUGCUCAAUCUGCCUGGAAAGUCGCUACCGUCAUGGCAGACAAAGAGCCAUCUGGGAUGGGGGCGCCAUCAGAACUUUGGCUCGAAUACGAUCGAGAGCAGCUCGCGAUCGUCGAAAACAAAGGUCGCGGUUUGGGAACUAUGGGGCAGUGGGAGGGAAAAGACUAUUGGUACGGAGGGAAGAUCCAGCAAGUUGCCCGUGUCGUGAAAGCUGGAACGUCUUUCAAACUCGAACUCGAGAAACCAGAGAUUCGGAGAUCACAUCGAUUUUCUCGGUUCUUGGGGUCUCGGCGCAUCCUUCAAGCCCGCGUGCCAGAUAACCUUACCUAUGGUAAAGUCGGCUCGGAUCUUCGGGAAUUCUUCAUAUCAAGUAAAUUCGUAUUGUGUGGCCGCGUCUUCGUACCCUUCCAUGCUAAGGAAGGGAGCGUGUACCUUUUUGAAACGAACCAGAACAUUGAUCGGCAAACAAACCUUAGCGAGGGCGACGGUCACAGACUGACACUCUACCAGUUUGUUAAGUGGCAUAAUCCUCCGAGGUUGAAUUCGAUGCAGCCUAUCAGCAAGUGGUCUACAAGAUGGGCGCUCGGCCUAUCAACAUCGAUACCAACAAUUGAAUUUUCUCCAGAAAACAUAUCUUUCAUCGAUGACCAAUAUGCUAUGGACUGGGACGAGGGAAAGCCGCCGGCGGAAAAAAUCAUGACUGAUGGGUGUGGUUAUAUCAGUGGUGCGGCCUUGACGGCCAUCAAGCGCGUCAUGAAGUAUUCAAGUAGGCCGACCGCCGUACAAGGACGCAUUGCCGGUGCCAAGGGGAUGUGGGUUCUGCACCCAUAUCCUGCACAUCAAACCCACGAUGGACCACUGAAAAUUUGGAUACGUGACUCACAGAAUAAGAUCAAGAUUGGCUCGCUACACAAGGUCGAUAGUGCGCAUAGGAUUUUCGACCUCCUUGCGCCAUCUCGGGUAACCGGGCCAAGCCGUCUGUCGAGCCAGACACUUGUCAACUUGGCACAUGGUCAUGUUCCCUUUUCUAUUCUGAAGGAUCUCAUGGCAGAUGGGCUUCACGAGGAAGUCCGUCAACUGACGGAAUGGAGUGGACCGGACAGCAUGCUUAUGGUCUGGCGAGCUGUAGAACAAGCUGGCCGUGUCGUAACAUCAAGACUGCGGCGGCGCAUUGCUGGUCAGGCACGAGCACUUGGUCUUGGCCAACUCCGACCCCACGAGGAGCUCGCUGGCGGAAUUGAUGGUUCUGACGAUGUUGCAGUAAACCCAUCACUGCAUGACUCGGUUAAUCAGGGCCGCAAUCCUCACAGCGGUGAACCACUGACUCUACACGAGUCUGUCCUUGAACUACUGCAGGCCGGUUUUCAUCCUCUCAAGCUUGACCGACUUUUUUACAAACUUGAGUACGUGGUGACCCAAGUCCUCGAUGACUACAUCAAGAAAUUCCACAUUCCAGUCGAGGAGUCCCUGGAAGCAUAUAUCAUACCGGAUCCAUAUGGGGUCCUCGAGGAGGGGCAAAUCCAUUUUUGCUCUUCCGAAUUAAUCACUGACCCCGAAAGCGGAGCCCGGAUGAAUACUGUGACUGGGCCUGUUUUGGUGUGGAGGAAUCCCACAAGACUUCCCUCCGAUGUCCAGAAGGUCACUGCUGUCAGCCACCCAAAAUUGGAUGAAUACUUCGAUGUCAUCGUGUUCCCUGUGAAGGGAAAGCGCUCAUUGGCAAGCUACUUGGGUGGAGGAGACACGGUCACGUUGGUCUGGUCCAAACGGCUUGUCGAAAACUUCAAUACCGCUCCACUGUGUAUGGCGCCUGCAGGUUUGGGUGACGACUUUGAGCGAGAAGUUGAACAGGUUGAGAAAUUUAAAGAACGAAUAUCCAAUCUCUCCCCAAAGGAGGCUCAAACCGCGUUCCAGAAGGCCCUCCUUCUUGGACUCGCAGAAACAAAAAUCGGAUUGUAUUCGAAGUUUCAUGACCUCGCCGUUAAACGCCGUGUCUUCGAAGAAGAUCGCAAAAAUAACGGAAAACGUAAACCGUACUACAUGGCCGCACUCGAACAGAACACCGAGGGCCAAGAGGUUUCGAAACGCAAGGGCUCGACGCCCUACCUUCUCGACGCCCUUGUUGACGAGGGCCGUCGUCUCCGCAACAAUUUCCUCAAACAUGCUGUAGACCACGACCUCACUUUACCUUACCUUCGUGCGUCUCGUAGGGCAGCGGAAGCUUUGCAAGACGGUUUCCACGUUCUGCAAGACAACUUGAGCGUUGUCCAAGCCCAUGUCAAGGAAGCACAUGGCAAGUGGCAGGCCGCCGUUUCUCUCCAGAAGAAGGCUUCAGAAGGGAGGGGGUCUUCGGAUCCCAAGACACAAGCGAUCCAAAAGUCAGUACAACGCUUUGCACGGUGGCCAGACUCGAAGAAGAUAUUAUUUUUUUCUGACGAGGGUCGCAAAACUAUCAUGGCAUCCUAUGCAUACACUCUUAGUGGUUCGUUCGGCUUCUCCGUUGCCUUCGCAGAGCUCUGCGCCAUCAAGGCACGAGCUCAAGGUGCUGUGCUUUUUGCAGAUAGAUUUGCAGACGUGAUGUGCAUACCUAACAAUACCCUACGUGCCCUUUCACAAGCACAGGAUGACGCGGAUGAGUGA